GUUCCGUAAUGUGCGUCUGACGCUAAUGUCUGAGUGCUUUGACGCUGGACGCAGAAAAAUGGCUACCUUCAGUAACAGUGGGAAAGCAUCGACGCUCUCAAAAGCGGAAUACCUUAAACGUUAUUUAUCUGGAGAUGGGGAUGCCAAAAAAGAGAAGAAAACUAAAAAGAACCGAAUCAAACCUAUCCGGAAGGGGAUGAAAAUAGUGGAUGACGACGUGCAUUGGGAGCAUUUAAUAAACGCAGAAGAGAAAGAGAACCAAGAGGAGGAGGAUGAAGAGGCCCCCGUGGUGGCUGAGGUGAUAGAUGAGCGCCCAGAGGAGGUCAAGAGACUGGAAGAAUUCAGGAACAGCCAGAAAUGGAAACGCCUAGGAGCCACAGAUGGUGAUUCUCAAGAACUUCAAGGUUCCCAUUCAACAAUAAGCUCAGGAAAUGACUCUCAAAUGGAACAGUCGUCAUGGCGACAGAGGGAUGACUCUUCAGACGUUUCGCCUCCGGGAAGGCAAUCGCCAGACGUCUCUCCACCACGGAGGCAACGUCACGACUCACCCGAGCUUUCGCCUGCAAGAAAAAGGCCGCCCAGCCUCUCACCCCAGAGGCAAAAAGCGGGCCCAAAAAGAGAGCGCCAUGAUUCCUCCUCCCCCUCUCCUCCCCGAAGAGCCCACGCAAGCUCCAUGGUGCCGAAAAAAGGAAGCAAAGACUCCUCCCCUUCCAGGAGGAAACAAAAUGCAGUGGGAUCGAGUCGCUGUGGGAACAGUUCAGACUUGGACCUGUCACCCCCGCGAAACUCUGCUCGUCGCUCCCCAGAUUCCGACCUCUCGCCUCCACGGAAGCGCUCUCAGCGGGGCGGGGGCUCUGAUUCUGACCUGUCCCCCCCCAGGAGACGACCCCAGAAGCGUGGGCGUGGCUCAGACUCGGACCUCUCCCCACCGCGUAGGACCUCGCAAACGACUCCUCGGAUGCUCUCCGGAGGGGCGGCAGGCCUGGUCAGUCUGGACGUCUUGAGGAAGGAGCAGGAGGAGAACCGCAGGAGAGAGAAGAACAAUCAACCCCUGGAAGAGGCGUCCCGGAAUGCAGAGACAGUGUUCAGGGAUAAGUCGGGGAAGAGGCGGGACAUCGACCUGGAACGGGAGGAGCAGCGCAGGAAGGCCGGGGAGAAGGCGGAGAGGGACGAAAAAUAUGCCCAGUGGGGGAGAGGGCUGGCGCAGGGCCAGAUGCAGCAGCAGAACGCGGUGGACGCGCUGCGGGAAGCGGAGAAGCCGCUGGCCAGGCACGCCGACGAUGAAGACCUGGACCGCAUGCUGAGGGAGCAGGAGAGGGAUGGGGACCCCAUGGCCGGCCUGCUGCGCAAGAAGAAGGAGAAGGACUCCCAGCGCAAGGGGGUCAAAGAACGACCUCGCUACAAGGGCCCGCCUCCACCCCCUAACAGGUUUAACCUUAUGCCUGGGUAUCGAUGGGAUGGAGUGGACAGGUCAAAUGGGUUUGAGCAGCGGAGGUACAGCCGUAUCGCGGAUAAGAAGGCAAUUCAGGAGACGGCCUACAAGUGGAGUGUGGAGGACAUGUAGAUGCCAGUCCAGCAGAACCAGAUCGGACCUGACCGGACCGGACCGCCAGCUGCCUCACACUGUACAUCCAGAACCUGUGUAGAGAACCAACAGCCCACUUGAAAACACAAGCAGAAAGUCAUUUGAUCCCUGGUUCCUUUCAUAGUUUGAAGCCGAAGGACAUUUCUUUGGGACAGACGCACUGUCAGCUUUUCCAGACAUCAAAAAAACUGACUACUAUAUUAUUUUUUUUUUAGGUUUUCUGAUUUGUCAUUGUUGAUGAAUUCAUGUCAGGAAAACCGACCAAAUGGUGGAAAUUCUAGCUGUGUUGUAGAUACUGUUCAUCUUUUUGAUGCCUCUUGUGGUCACUUGUGGUUUUUUGUUCCAUAGAUGAUGAUCUGGAGAGCAAGGGGUAUUUGUUUCAGGGUUUAUCUGAAGCAAAUCAGCACAUUCACCACAACAAUUUAUAAACUGCAAAGUCUAAUGUUUAUUUUGUUAUUUGUAAGUACAGUAAAUGCUUUGUGUAAGUA